AUGGUGAACGACUCUUCUGCUGCUAAUCAGAAAAUAUCCUUGUCUCAUGCAACUCCAAAUGACUCCGUCCUUGGGAAACGUCCCGUGGAAACCUCUGCUGUGCCAGAGGCGAAAAGACAAAAUACCCUUCAUCACCUUGCCCCAUCCUCAUCUUCUUCCUUGAACUCUCCAUCUUCCGCUUCUACGAAAGAACACGUCAAUCAUGCUCCCCAUAGAUCUAAUAUUGCUUCUUUAAUUGAUUCUGUUAAUUCUUCUUCCUUUCCUUUCUCUCCGUCCACCUCUACGCCCGAUCAGCAAUUACCUCCCGUGAAAACAAGUCAGUCUUCCGUGGACGCUCCUUCUCCGAAGGUUUCCCCCAGUGACACGGAAAAUGAUCCCCUCCAUAGUCACACCUCGAACCCACGUCCUAAUGCCGAUGCACAGCUCACACCUUUCUCUCCACCACACUCUCUGUCUCCUUCUUUUGACCGAUCUCUUAAUCCUGCUUACUAUGCUCCGUACCGCCAGCCCAACGGGCCGCUUUGGGUAGAAGGCAGAGAUUCCCUACCGAGUCUUGACAUCCAGCUGCGGCUUGCAGACAUAUUUUUUAUUUAUGCUCAUGGACAGCCUUAUGUUUUAUUUCAUCGUGACUCUUUCAUUGCAUCUCUGCGAGCUCAGCGCCUUCCUCCUAUUCUAGUGCUUUCUAUGUGCUCUAUUGCUAUACGCUUUUGGCAGACCGAUGAGUAUGAUAAAAAUGCGCUGCUUCAGCAUUGUUUCAGUAAAGCUUCUUCCAUCGCCAUGUCCAAUUUUGAUAGAUUAGAUUUGGUCUAUGUUGCGUGUUUCAUUAUGCUUUCUUACAUCAGUGUUGCCGAUGAUAAGUAUUGGAUGUAUACUGGCUUGGCCAUCCGUAUGUCUGUUGCCCUGCACCCAAACAAAUGCUUUGAUCUUCCUUAUUAUGAUUCGCCGGAGAACCCAUUACCUUCGGAAAUCCGAGGUCAGUUGAUACGCCGUCUCUUUUGGGACUGCUUUAUGCUUGACCGUCUAAAUUCACUAUACUGCAACUCGCAGUUUUUAAAUUUGGAAGACAUCCAUGUGCCUUUGCCUAUGCGCGAAAGUCUUUUCAUGUACAAUACCCGCGCUGUGACAGAGACCAUAUACGGAAGACCUGGUACAGCGGACAUGCCUAGCGCUUCGAAGCCUGCAGACGCCAAUUCAUUCCAGGUGUUGAAUCAGCAUGCACAAAACAACAUGGGAGUACUGGCGUACAUGAUCCGAAUGGUAUCAAUUUGGGGAAGAGUCGUGCGUUGUUUGAAGGCUUAUGGCUCCAAGAAGCAAAUCAAUCCACGUCCGUUUUGGCAUAUGUCAGGUGCUUUGCAGCCUCUUGACCAAGAAUUAUACGAAUGGGAAAAGAGUCUUCCUCAGAGACUACGUUAUACACGUCAAUCUUUACUUUCGUAUCACAUGAAAGGACAAGGAGGUCCGUUCGCAUGUAUGCAUCUAAUUUAUCUUCAGGUACAUUUGUAUAUUCAUCGAUAUGCCGCCUCGGUUUCACCUUUGUUUCACCGUCGUGUACCAUCGCCUCCGCAGUCAUUCGAAAAGCAGUCCGUACUGUUGGCAACAUUUUGUGCGAAUGCAAUUGCAAGAAUUCUUCACGAUUGUGUGGAGCUAUCUAUAUCGUUGGCAGCCCCAUUUACUGCAUACUCUGCCUAUAUGGCGGGAACCGUUAUGCUUUUCCAUGUCUCGAAUCCUGACAAUUCUUCUCAAGCAACCAUCGCAACAUCCAAUUUGCCAAAAGUAAAACGUCAUCUACAAGCAACCAAGCGCUACUGGCCAACGAUUGCAGAGUAUUCGAAUGCUUUGGAAAGUUUAUCCAAACUUGUCUCCCGAAGCCCCGCUACAGCUACCAAGGUCGUUUCUUCCGUACCAAAUGCUGCUAAUAAUCAAGGUCGGUAUGCGGCUCCAAGGCAAGGACCAGCCCUUAGCACUGUGCCAAACAAUGUGCCUAUCAAACCCGUUCCCUUGUCUGCAAAUAUUCCUUAUACCGCCACAUCUAGUUCAACUAAGGGAAGUACGUUAGCGGACCUUGCUUACGAUACACAAAUAUCACGACCGGUGCCUGCGCCCGGGGUGGCUUCAAGCGGUUCACCACAAGGGUUGGCUUUUGAAAACCGGAUCUCUCUUAUACCCAAUGCGGUGAAUUUGGUUUCACAACCACCACCACCUCCUCCUGCAUUCUCGUCAUUUCCUGCAGCGAAUGCUACUGCUUCGAUGAUUAAGGAGUAUGCGAAAAAGGUCGACAUAGAUCCGGAUUUGGUCCGUGUGGUAUCACUAUGCGAUUGGUUCAAGAAUCCAGUAGAUGAGCUUGCCUUGAAUAAGCCUCUACAACUCGACUCGUCGGAUGAACAAGAAAAAGCUGCGAUAGACAUUGGCCGUCACAACACCGCACUGAACCUUUGGAAGUAUGGUAUGUAA